AUGUCUGACGACCUCCCGCUUCCAGCGCUGUUUCACCGCGCACUGACAUCCCUCUCUUCAUCCUCGAAUCUCCCGACGCUCUCUGCUGCUUUCAAGGAAUCGCUCGGCUCAGCACUUUCAGACUUGACAAAAAUCCAAAACAGAGUAUCUGAACUGUCGCUCUUCAGCAGCAACGAGACAUUGGAUGAUGUCUCGACGCGCGAUUUGGUCUACAUGGCCGUCCCCUUCGUGCGCGCGGAGGCGGAGAACAGAGCGCCCGUGCAGGGACGGUCCGAUCGACUGGAGCAUAUGCAACAGGCGGAGAGGUCGUACAAAGCUUUCAUCGAGAACACCGAGCAAUAUGGCGUCAUAUCCGAGGAGGAUGCGAAGAUCUACUCGUUGAGCGGGGCCGCAGAUCCUACCAGGAGGAGAGAUGCCAAGAUCAAGAUGUAUAAGGCAGAGAAGGACGUGCGCACGCGGAUAGAGACCGUACGCAAGCGCACGGGAUCCCGCUUCGCUCCACCAACAGCGGACAACGCCAACGACUUUGACUUGUUGGCUGCACUGUUGCCUUCGUCUGCUGCAUCGGACGAUGAUCUCGACAGUGACGUCGAAGAUGCAUUACGGGAGGCAACUCUGCUACUGCUACGACUCUGCUACGCCCAGGCUCGAACUGCACUAGGACACCUCUCCGAAGAGGUUGCUCUCUUACGAUCUGCCCCACCCGAACCAACACCAGAAGAACGAGAGCGCGAGCGCAACCGUGAUCGUUCUUCCGACGACGACUGGAAGCUUGAUGCGCCGAGGACAGGGCUCGGUCGCGGCGGCCCUCUCCUCGACCCACAAGGCCGCCCGUUACAGCCAUUCACGAUCCUACCGGGAGGUGAUCGCGGACGUAUGGCCAAAGCGGUCUUUGGCCCUGACCACCGUCUACCAAGUAUGACCAUCGACGAAUAUCUCGAGGUCGAGCGUGCACGGGGUGGGAUCAUUGAGGGUGGAGGUGCGGCGAGUGCUGCUGAGCCGACGAGUAAGGAGCAGCUUGCGUUGGAUGCUGAGAAUGAUGGCUCGCGGUUCGGGAUGGAGAAGGACGAGGAGAAGAGAGUGAAGGAUGAGGAGUGGGCGCGGUAUACGGAUGAGAAUAAGAGAGGGGCGGGGAACACUAUGAACAGAGGAUAG